GAAAGAGAAGAAGAAGAAAAAAGUGGCUUCUUUGAUGAGUUUUGGGGGUUUUCUCGACAAUAACUGGGGUGGUGGUGGUGCUGGCGGCGGCGGAGGAGGGGGCGGCGGCGGUGCCGGAAUCGUCGCCGAUAUUCCUUACAGCAACGGCACCAACGAUAAUAGAAUGCCGUCGAGUGGUUCAAUCUCACAGCCUCGUCUCGUCACACCGCCAACAAUGGCCAAAUCCAUGUUCAACUCUCCUGGGCUUUCUCUAGCACUGCAAACGAGUCUUGACGAGCAACAAGGGGAUGCGAAUAGAAUGCCUGAGAGCUACGAGCCAAAUGUUGGGGCAAGAAGAAGCCGAGAAGAAGAACACGAUAGCAGAUCUGGCAGUGAUAAUAUGGAAGGCCCCACUUCCGGCGACGAUCAGGACGCCGCCGACAACCGUCCGAGGAAAAAACGUUAUCACCGACAUACCCCUCAGCAAAUACAAGAGCUCGAAGCUUUAUUCAAGGAGUGUCCACACCCAGAUGAGAAGCAAAGACUAGAACUGAGCAGAAGGCUUUGCUUGGAAACCAGACAAGUGAAAUUUUGGUUCCAAAAUCGAAGAACCCAGAUGAAGACCCAAUUGGAGCGCCAUGAAAACACUUUGCUGAGACAAGAGAACGAUAAACUGAGAGCAGAGAACAUGUCGAUAAGAGAAGCCAUGAGGAAUCCUAUAUGUUCAAAUUGUGGAGGCCCAGCCAUUAUAGGUGAGAUUUCCCUCGAAGAACAACACCUAAGGAUUGAAAACGCUCGAUUGAAGGACGAACUAGACCGAGUUUGUGCUCUCGCCGGAAAGUUUCUCGGCCGACCCAUUUCUUCAUUGACCAGUCCGAUUGGUCCUCCAUUGCCAAACUCAAGCUUAGAACUCGGAGUUGGCAUCAACGGGUUUGAUGGUAUGAGCACAGUGCCUUCAACUUUGCCUUUAGGGCCUGGUUUUGGGAUAUCGAGCCAACUAGCCAUGGUUCCUCCGGCGACAACAACGUCGGGGACGACUUUGACCAGACCAUCGGGCACUUUGGUCGUCGGCGGUGGGCUUGACAGGUCCAUAGAGAGGUCUAUGUUUCUGGAACUAGCUUUGGCGGCCAUGGACGAGUUGGUGAAGAUGGUGCAUACAGAUGAACCUCUCUGGUUAAGAAGCUUAGAAGAAGGAGGAAGAGAGAUUCUGAACCAAGAAGAGUACAUGAGAACAUUCAGUAAUCCUUGCAUUGGAAUGAGACCCAAUGGCUUCGUCUCCGAAGCUUCUAGAGAAACUGGAAUGGUCAUAAUAAACAGCUUGGCCCUCGUUGAAACUCUAAUGGAUUCAAAUCGAUGGGCAGAAAUGUUUCCUUGUUUAAUUGCCAGAACCUCCACCGCUGAAGUAAUCUCCGGUGGAAUAAAUGGAACUAGAAAUGGUGCCCUCCAACUGAUGCAUGCUGAGCUCCAGGUUCUUUCGCCGUUGGUGCCAGUUCGCGAGGUGAAUUUUCUUCGUUUCUGCAAGCAACACGCAGAGGGGGUUUGGGCUGUGGUUGAUGUCUCCAUUGAUACCAUUCGAGAACCUUCUGGAGCUGCGUCUUUUAUGAACUGUAGAAGGCUUCCUUCUGGGUGCGUUGUUGAAGAUAUGCCAAAUGGUUAUUCCAAGGUGACAUGGGUGGAGCAUGCAGAAUACGAUGAAAGCCAAGUCCACCAAUUGUAUAGACCCUUGCUGACCUCCGGCAUGGGCUUCGGUGCUCAACGGUGGGUCGCCACCCUGCAACGCCAAUGCGAGUGCCUCGCCAUCUUAAUGUCCUCCUCCGUCCCCUCUCGAGAUCACUCCGCUGCCAUAACUGCCGGCGGCCGGCGGAGCAUGCUGAAGCUAGCCCAGCGAAUGACCAACAAUUUCUGCGCCGGAGUUUGCGCUUCCACCGUGCACAAGUGGAAUAAACUGAACGCCGGCAACGUGGACGAGGACGUCCGGGUGAUGACUCGAAAGAGCGUGGACGAUCCCGGCGAGCCGCCGGGGAUAGUUUUAAGCGCAGCCACCUCCGUUUGGCUCCCGGUUUCGCCCCAGAGACUGUUCGAUUUCCUACGUGAUGAGCAUCUCCGAAGUGAAUGGGACAUACUCUCAAACGGUGGGCCCAUGCAAGAGAUGGCCCACAUCGCCAAAGGCCAAGACCACGGCAAUUGCGUCUCUCUCCUACGAGCGAGUGCGAUGAAUGCAAACCAGAGUAGCAUGCUGAUACUGCAGGAGACAUGCAUAGACGCGGCGGGAUCUCUUGUGGUGUACGCGCCGGUAGAUAUCCCGGCCAUGCACGUGGUGAUGAACGGCGGCGACUCGGCGUAUGUGGCGUUGUUGCCAUCCGGGUUCGCUAUAGUCCCGGAUGGGCCAGGGUCGCGGGGGUCACAAACGCCGGCGAGCAACGGCAAUGUGAACGGCGGUGGCGUGAAUGAGAGGGUGAGUGGGUCCCUCCUGACGGUGGCUUUUCAAAUCCUCGUGAAUAGCCUUCCUACGGCCAAGCUCACGGUGGAAUCGGUGGAGACGGUGAACAAUCUCAUCUCGUGCACGGUUCAGAAAAUAAAGGCCGCUCUUCGCUGUGAAAGCUGACUCUCACGUGGUGCAUCGUAGGUCACGUGACCUAGUUGAAUUUUUUUUUUGGGGUUU